AAUUGGUAUGUAUGUGCAUGCAUGCCACACGCGACACAACAUUCGCAUAAGGAAAAAUUCUGGCAAAUGUUGGUGUGCUUCGUUAUGAUGCCGCUGCUGAUUAUCACCUCGAUCUACGUAUAUUCGAGAGAAAUUGAAGAGAAGAAGAAACCUAGACCAGAAUACGAGGAUGUUCCGUGGAUGGGAAUCACACAUAGGCCUUUCCCGUGGGGCGACGGCAAGCGCUGCUUCUUUCACAAUCCCGUGAAAAAUCCAAUACCUGGCGAAGGAUACGAAGUGGAAGACCCGAACGCGGUGAGGAAAACUGAGCCAAAGGAAGCACGAGAAAACGAAAAUUAACGAACGAUACUACGAACGGAACGGAUAAAAUAAGAUUACCUUUACGUUUCAUCAAUUUAUGGCUACUAUUCUGGAAAUUGCCUCGAGAAUGGAACAGAGAGCAGCGUUGAAAAUAAAAUUACAUCACGAACCUUUCGCAAUUUACUGAUUGAAGAUAUUUUAACGUUUUAUCUCUUUCGUCUCAUGUUUGUAACUUUCACGGAUUUUAUUUUUCACCUUAUUCGUACAAUUUUGGGUAGCUGAUUUAAUUGAGUAGCUCAAGUUAAAAUGUAGUUCAGU